AUGGCGACUCACGCCGUGGUUGGGGAAAAAAUAUUUGUCGGAAAAAAUUAUUGCAUUUGCGAAAAACCCUACCAGGAAGGAGAAUUUAUGAUUGAAUGUUCCAUUUGCAAUAAUUGGUUUCACGGAAAAUGUGUACUAAUAACUGAAGAGAACUCAGCCUACAUUGACCAAUAUCACUGUCCAAAAUGCAAAGAAACACAUGGCCCCUUAAUAUGGUUAAAGUUGAAAUGUACAAUAUUUUUUUAUUUUCUCAUUGUGAAAAUGUUGUCCAUUCUACCAAAGAACGUGAGAACCGGUUCAAAAAAGUUUAUGGAAAAGUUAAAAACUAGGAAAUUUUUAAGUGCAGAAGACAUACCGGUCAUAUCAUUACAUGGCUCUGAGUUGACAUUUGAUUAUUUGGAGAAACAUUCUUUUGACAACCCAAUCCUCUCCACUUCGACUGAUGGCCUACAUCUUCAGACUCCUCCAACCAAUUUUUCUGCUCAAGCUGUCGAAGAUCUUGUUGGACCUAUGCAAGAAAUUAGUGUAAUAGAUGUGGCCAGGCAAGAAGACCAUAGAAUGUUCUUGAGAGAGUGGACAAAUUAUUUCACCAACCAGAGUAAGAAAAAGAUACUAAAUCUACUGAGUCUUGAAUUUAGUAAUUCCAAGUUAUCAGAAUUAGUCACACCACCACAAAUUGUCUUCGACGUUAGCUGGGUUACAAAUAUGUGGCCCAAUGACGAAACAAUGUAUCUUAAACCUGAGGUCCAGAAAUAUUGUUUGAUGAGUGUAGAAGAUAGUUACACAGACUUCCAUAUUGAUUUUGGUGGAACCUCAGUUUGGUACCACGUAGUUAGAGGCGAGAAAAUUUUCUACCUAAUCAAACCAACCCCGAGCAAUUUGGCGGAGUUCGAAACGUGGAUGAAAUCUUCUGAACAGCCCAUGACCUUUUUUGCUGAUAUUGUUACUGAAUGUUACCAGGUAAAGAUAAAGCAGGGUGAGACCGUGUUUCUACCAUCUGGAUGGAUUCACGCCGUCUGGACGCCCAAAGAAUCAUUAGUCUUUGGAGGAAAUUUUUUAAACAGUUUCAACACUGAUAUACAGUUGCAAAUUUACAAUCUUGAGAAGCGAAUCCUGGCGCCCAACAAAUAUCUCUUCCCUAACUUCGAACCUCUGCAUUGGUUCGUUGCCUCGAGUUUGACCUCCAAGGUUAAAGACCUUCUGGAAAGAAAUCAGAGGCUACCGAAGUACCUGAUAGAGAGUCUGAAAGCCAUGUUGCCUUGCCUGAGGGUGUGGUCCAGAGAUAAGGAGGUUGACUGGAGGAUGGUUGCUGAUCGGUGGUUGAGUGGUUGA